AUGUUUAUUACUACACUAAUGUACAUUUUUAACUGUGAAAUUUGUCAUUACCAGGGAAGCGUGCGUGGUAUACCUGAUUCGUGGGUAGCAAUUUCGACAUGUUAUGGAUUGAAAGGUGUAAUUUUCGACGGAGAAAACAUGCACCACAUUCAUCCUGAAUAUGAAACUAUAGAAUCUAAUCAUUAUUUAUAUAAACACAGUGACUUAUUAAACAAUUACACUUGUGGUUACAAAGGGAACCAUGACGCUACUUCACAUUUAAAUCAUUUACGUGAAAAAAGAGCCACUGAAGCAGUUCGAGGUCCUUACAAUGCUAACCGUCAAUCUCGUUACGUUGAGUUAGUACUUGUUAUCGACAAAAAAGAAUACACGGCGCUAGGUCAAGAUCUUCAGAAAGUUUACCAUCACUGCAAGGAUAUCGCAAAUAUUAUUAAUGCUUUUAAUUUGUUUAAAUUUGAAGCUCAACAAUUGCCCAAGUUCAAAACAUAG